AUGCCGGCCUUGGUAGCGGGCAAAGAACCCAGCGACUUUAACGACUCCACAGGCCAAUGUCGAAACUCUGGCGGCCUCCAUUGGCAAUUGACGAAUACUAUGCGAAUACUGCGAGCUAGUUGCGAUCUUGCUGUUCUCGAGGAUGACGUUGCUCCAAGUCGAUGGAAGCCGGAGAUGUGA